AUGACAGUCACUGGUAAAACCAUCUAUGAAAAAAUCCACUUCCUAUAUUGUCGUACUGAAAAAAAAGUCCAAAACAUUAGGAGACAAAAGUUUGCAGUCUGCAGCGACGAAGAUGCUAUACAAACAAUUCUCGACAAUACACUGUCUGAAAUGCAAGACGAAAAGUCUGGUAUUUAUAUACGCACUUUCUCAGAUGUUAUGGUUAUGGAGAAAGACAAGGGCAACUCGAUUGUUGGAGUUGUCACCGAAUGCUUCCAAGCUAAACCAUUUGACUUGUGGUUUGUGCUGACUAUUCUCGACAACAGUAUCAUGGUGUUUGACAAACAAGACUUGAAUACACAAAUGUCCAACUUGGCUGUCGAUGAUGCUAAGGAAAUGGCCACCAAGAUCACAGAGAUUUUCGAAACCACUGUUAAAAAUAGCGCCAAAGUCGAUAGGUGGAGUGAGGGAAGAGACAGUUUUAUAAAGAACGUGCAAUUUUUUACCUCAAGAAAUGCACAAGUGGAGGCUGUUCUCCCAGCAUUUCCGUGCAAGUCUCUGAACCCAGAGAAGGUUGCAUCAACAACGCCAGAUAAAGGGGAAGAGCUUGCCCUCAAAAGAAUCAUAGAGUUUGUCUCUUAUGUGAAUGAGAUAUAUCCCCCGGGGAUGAAGUUUUUCAUUGUCAGCGAUGGACAUGUGUUCAGCGAUUGUAUCAAUGUUGAUGACAAGGUUGUUGAUAGUUACACCGAGCAGCUCAAGAAGCUAUACCACAGAGUAAAGCCCGAAGGAUUCGACGGCAUUCACUUCCGUGGAUUGAAUGACUGCUUUAAGUCUUCUACCAAAAACGAAAUUGCGCCUCUAUUGAAUACCAUCACAGUAGACCACUAUUUGGAUACCCACUUGGACGACGCAACCGAAAUCAACCGGAAGAUUAUGAUGCUUGGAUGCGACGACAACGCAGAAACAUUGAGAGAGGAGAUCAAGACACCGCUGCACCCUCGGCUUUAUUUGUACAGAGGAUUUAACAAGUUCAUGUACGAGGACUUGGUGAAUACCCCCAAGGCCCAAGCCAUGUCACGGAAAAAGUUCAAGAAGAUGGUUUCCUCCAUAGCCUUUGAGAUGAUACUCCGCAACGAUGCCUAUUCCAACUUGGUGGAAUUGGUGUUCCCUUUCCACUUGCGUCUCUCGAUCCACGCCCAUCACAAUGCAGGACCAAAGUAUGGUAUUAGAUUGUUGGACACAAGUAUCUGUUGCUCGUAUGACCACAAUCCCGACGAGGAGGACCGUUUGCUUCACAUUCCUACACCAUGGCACAAUGCAGUUUUCAAACUUGGUGACCGCGAAAAGAUGAUUGUCUCGAACUCCAAACUUGCUGAGAUGCUUGAAAAGGACGAAAAAUAUGUGGGUGGAUGGCACGAGAAAGAGCGCUGCUUUGUUUAUGCCCCUAGCGUUCAGCCAAAUCUUUAA